AUGGCCACCUUUCCAAAGAAAUUAGGCAUUACGAAGAUAGAUCUUCCGGCGAUAAACCCCACGAGAGAUAUAGCGCUGUACGUUGGUAUCCCCCUGGCCAUUUGCUUCCUGCUCGCUAUGUCUUGCAUGUCUAUCGUAUGGGGCAGGGCAAACGAAACGGAGAGACGCAACCCCAAGACCUUUAAACCUCUCGAAGACAACGAAAGCAGGAGCGAAAAGCAGCAAGGGUAUAUUAACGAAGUUUCUGGAGAAGAAUCCGACGAGACAUCGGUUUAUUGGCAGGAGUACUAUAAGCAAGCUCCCUAUAACAGUGAAUACAUUUGGAGCGGUUAUGGGAAUGGAGACCCGGAAAGCAAACACCACGGGAUACAGAGCCAUCGCAGGAGCGUAACAAAGUGUCAGAAGCAAGCAUGCGUGACAAGCAAAGCAAAGCUUCGGGCAACAUGCGGCAUAGAUCAGUUGAGUAACUUAAUAACAAGGAGAGGGCUAAGGCAGAGUGAAAGCGGCACAACAGCACGGAGCAACGGGUCAACCAACAGUUCAGCCGAUCCCUCGACCUAA